AUGGCCACCGCAAACAACACUCGAAUCGCCUUUGGAUUCCCGAAGAUGAAGUACAAAUUCAAGACGCCCACCGAGACAGAUCGCUUCAAUUUUUACGAUAUCAAGUUCUACCCUUAUGCCCCCCCUCCUAACGACGAACCUAUCUUCGCAAUGGUUAGCCAGAAAAAGGUCUACAUAGGUCGCCUCUCCCUUUCAGACCAAAGCUUGAUAACCAUGCAUCACGAAUUAGUCGACGAGCAGGAAGAGAACGACCCUAAUUCUCUAGGGCUGAAUUCCUGCACUUGGUGCUAUAUUGACCAACAAGGGCCCUUGCUAGCCGUCGCAGGUGGUUCAGGUCAGCUCAAAUUGAUCAAUGCGCUUGAAGGAACAAUCUUCGCCACACUGACUGGCCAUGGGUAUGGCACAAUCAAUGACAUGGCCACCCACCCUUUCUAUCCAUGGAUUGUCGCGACCGCUUCGAUGGAUAAGAGCCUUCGAAUCUGGGACAUCCGACGCCACGCCAAUCCUCACGACUCACCAACCAUCAUUAUCUGCGGUCAAGCUACAGGUCAUUGCGAAGGGGUCUUGACGGUAUCAUGGCACCCUUGCGGGCGUUAUAUCAUUACCGGAGGGCAUGACGAGCGAGUUUGUGUUUGGACCCUUCCCGAUCUUGGCGACAAAUCGACUUUCUGGCAAGAGAUCUCGGCCACUCGGCGAGAACGAAGCUCCCAUGAGGUUAGAACCAUCUAUUACCCGCACUUCGUCAGUUCCGCUGUCCAUUCCAAUUUCGUGGACUGUAUCAGAUUCUUCGGGGACCUGGUGAUAUCCAAGGCUGCAAAUGAGAGCAAAAUUGUGAUAUGGAGGAUCACCGGCUUUGAUUCCCGGAGGCCCCCACCAAACUCCGAUACUUCGCCAAAGACAGAAGAACAUCUCGACACAAGGAACGGAUUCAUUCGUAAGGCGAUCAGGGAGAACGAUGGCGGCAUCGUCACAGUUGAGGUGGCCCCAGAGUACCGAGGCGACCCGCUCUACGAACGAAUCUUGGAACUUGAAACUCCUAAGAGCGAGCAAUUCUAUCUUCGAUUUGGUGUUUUAAUGCCGUCGACCAAUUACCCAGACCGGCACCCGAUGCUAGCCUUCGGAAACACGCUGUCCGAACUCAGGUUCUGGGACCUGGAAAGGCUGUCAUUGGGACAUGCUGGCGACGGGAACAAGCCCACUCUGGUGGCAAGAAAAAGUCAUAAAGGCACUGCACGACCAGUCAGACCCUCAGACCGUCUCAGUCGACUUAGUAGUACACCUCAACUAAGAGAGUCGCCCUUAUCCACAACAUCGUAUAACAGCUCGUCAGCAUGGCCACGCCAAAAUUCGACCGAGGCAACGAGCGAGAUCUCGGACGAGAUUACAGCCCCACAAGGUCUCGAACGAGAUCGUGAGAAAUAUCCUCUUCAUGAACCACACAAGCCUAUCAAGGCACAUGCGAAGAUCUCGCUUAUUGAACUUCAGUUUAAGAAUAUGGCGUUCACUACAAGAGCUGCAGACUGGAGUCCAUGCGGCAAAUGGUGUGUGGUUGUCGGCGAGAGCGCUGGGUCCGAUGCGGGAGUUGGAGGCUUUGCUGUAUUUUAUCGACCAUUAUGA